AUGGCUUCUGAACUUAGAAGAAAACUCGUUAUCGUUGGUGAUGGUGCAUGCGGCAAGACUUGCUUGUUGAUUGUCUUUUCUCGAGGUACUUUCCCCGAGCUCUAUGUCCCCACUGUGUUUGAAAACUAUGUGGCUGAUGUCGAAGUGGACGGCAAGAACGUCGAGUUGGCUUUGUGGGAUACUGCUGGCCAAGAAGACUACGAUCGUCUUCGCCCGUUGUCCUACCCUGAUUCUCAUGUGAUCUUGAUUUGCUUUGCUGUCGAUUCCCCCGACUCACUUGAUAACGUACAAGAGAAGUGGAUCUCGGAAGUGUUGCACUUUUGCCAAGGCUUGCCUAUCCUUUUGGUUGCCUGUAAGAAGGAUUUGCGAAAUGAUCCCCACACCAUUGAAGAGUUGCGAAAGACUUCUCAACGACCAGUGACUUAUGAAGAGGGUAUGGCUGUGUCUCAGAAGAUUGGUGCCUACAAAUACUUGGAAUGUUCGGCAAAGGAUGGUGAUGGUGUUCGUGAGGUGUUUGAACAUGCAACUCGUGCUGCAUUGAUGACGCACAAGCCAAACAAAAGGGGCGGCAAGGGCAAGUGUUCCAUCCUGUAG